GUGAACAACCUGCUAUAAACUGCUUUGACUGUGGGCAACAGGAGCUCGAACAUAGCCACAGAGCGGCCGAUUAAUCGGAGAGUGUCCGGGUAACCCGGCGGGAAAAACAUGCGGUCCAUGAUACUCGCUGCUUUGGCCCUGGUGGUGUUGUUCGCCGUUUCUGGGGGGAGCACACAGGAGCUGAUCCGGCUCUGCGGGAGUGAGUUCCGCCGGGCGCUCAUUCACCAAUGCGGAGCCUCUCGCUGGAGGAGAGGGUUUGGGUCCGAUGCAGCGCUCAGAGCUCUGCUCGGAAGGGAUCAGGAGACUUUGUUUAUGGACAAUUCGGAUCCCUCGGCGAAAUUGACAUUGGCCGACGAAGAGAAUUUGAGUAACAAGCCAGGUCAACGGGAAGCUACAUUGGAGGCUUUCCAAACUCCAGCCCGAGUAAGACGCCAAGACUUGAGCAAACUCGCCGAUCUUUGCUGCAACAGGGGCUGCAACAAGGGACACCUGAAUGACAUCUGCUAAAGAGCAGAAGACUGAUGAAAAUGCUUGUCGCGCGUCUUAUUUACUGCAGCUUCAGUAAUUGCUGUACUUAUGAAAUUCGUUGUUCCGCUUCAAAUUUAGGAGUUGAAAAUAUGUUGUAAAACGUCGGCUUUAACUGAAUAAAGAAAUUGGUAAAGUUGUUAAA